UGCACAAAUAAAUAUUAAUUUUGUGUAUUUUUAAAAAACAUAAAAAAGAAAUAGUAAUAUUGACAGCAUUAAACUUAAUCCACUUAAAUAAACGCCAUCCCAAUUCUUUUAAAAGCGACGCUUCAUUAGUAGCAGUCGACUCGCUUCAACAUUCUUUUGUUUUGAUUACUGAUUUUUAUCGUAUAUUUUCUUUUCUUGGGAAACAUUUUUGUUGGCCAAGAAUCAACGUUUCAUUGCUGAAGAUGGAUCAGAAAAUUAAAGUUUUAGUAUGUGGAGAUGUUCGAGGACGUUUCAAGCAAAUGUUUCAGCGCGUCGAAAGCAUCAACAAAAAAGCGGGGCCCUUUGAAAUCCUUUUAUGUGUGGGGGACUUCUUUUCCGAAGAUGAAAAACAAAAUGAGGAGCUCAUUGCCUAUAGGAAUGGACACAAACACAUUCCUGUUCCAACAUACAUUUUGGGGCCGAAUAAUAAAAAUGUCCAAGCAUAUUAUGAAAAUACCCAAGAUGGGGAAAUUUGUAGCAACCUUACAUAUUUGGGUAAACGAGGUCUCUAUACUCUAUCAUCGGGGGUCAAAAUUGCUUACAUUAGUGGUUUAGAAAGGCCGGCAGGUGCCACUGAGCAAGAAUUCUAUUUUGGUCUGGAUGAUAUUGAGGCGGUGAGAAACUCAUGCCUGGUCAAUAAAUCAUCUGCUUCCGAUUAUCGUGGUGUUGAUAUUUUAUUAAGCUCACCAUGGCCCCAUGGAAUAACGACAAAUGAUGGACAAGAGAACAAAAACACAUCUAAACUGCUGUCAUUUUUAUGCCGUGAUAUUAAACCUAGAUAUCAUUUCUGUGCAAUGAGCAAGAAAUAUUUUGAACCUGCACCUUACAGAUUGCCCUCCGAUCAAAUAACACAAUUGGAAUUGUGUACACGUUUCAUAUCACUUGCCGAUGUGGGCAAUGCAGAAAAAGAGAAAUACAUUUAUGCCCUAAGCUUGACACCGGUGGAAAAAAUGCGUGUAAUGGAACUAAUUCAGAAAACCACCAUCGAAAUUAAGUGUCCAUUUGCCGAUCUCAAUUUUAAUGAUAUAAAAUUAAAGGGUGAUGCGACUGAGAGCAAACAGUAUUUCUUUGAUAUGGAAUCCAAAAACGAUAGAGGGAAAUGUUUUAGCGGUGGCAACGAUCGCCAACAUAAAAAGCCCAAGGUGCAGCAAUGGGACCAAGAAAUAUGUUGGUUUUGCUUAUCUUGCCCAAGUGUGGAGAAACAUUUGAUUAUUACAAUCGGUACCCACUUUUAUUUGGCCCUUGCCAAAGGACCAAUUAAUGAUUAUCACAUACUAUGCUGUUCCAUCAAUCACAUACCAUGUGCUGCUCAACUAACCGAAGAAGAUUGGAAGGAAUUGUUGCGUUUUAAAAAAGCCCUGAAGAAAUUCUUUAAAGCACAAAACCAGGUUGUCUGUUUCACUGAAAGAAAUUAUAAAACUUCACAUUUGCAAAUUAAUGUUUUCGCAUUGGAUGAGGGUCUGGCCUGGAAGAUACCACACGCAUUUGAGGAUAAAUCUGAAGAAUUCAAUUUGGAAUUUGAAACAAUACCUCAAUUGGCUGAUUCUCAGAUGUUGCCACAACAGGGACCAUAUUUUGUAGCGGAGCUGCCAAAUGAUACAACAUUGAUUACAAGGCAAAUGAAACAUUUUCCAAUACACUUUGCAAGAGAUGUUUUCUGUUCAGAAAAUCUUUUGAACUGUGACGAAAAAGUCGACUGGCGAGCAUGUAAACUAGAUAUGGACGCUGAAAAGGAUUUAGUUAAAAAUUUUAGAGAAAAAUUUGCAAAAUAUGAUUUUACAUCGUAGAAUUAGAUAAAAAUGUGUUCGCGCUAUAUUUUAUGUCGUUGUACAAAACGUUUCGCUAAACAAUAAAAAUAAUUAAAAUAUUACAACUAAUA